AGGGUUGCAGUGGAAUAGAAAAAUGAAAAAAGAAUGUUUUGCUUUAUUAAAUUUUAUUUAAUAACAUUCAGUUGACUUAUUUUUGUCAAAUGGUACACUUUUUAUUUGAGGUGUCUGUUUAUACGUAACAAUGGAAGAGAGAUUGUAUGAACCCCAUAGAUUAUUACCGUCGACAACAUCCCUUCUUAAAUACGGUAAACCUUGCAAAGUCCCACCACCUCCAGUUCCUGAAACAAGGGACCAUGACUGCUUACAACAAGAUAGUGUAGUUGAAAAAGAUGAUGAAGAAGAAGAGAAAGAAGUUACAAUAAGGGACAUACUAGAUAGCAUAUUUCAUCCUAAAAGUUGGGUUGACAAAUAUGGAAACCAUUGGUUACAAUCAGUAUCUGGAGAACAUGUCAGUCGCUCUGAUGUCAUCAGAUUAACAAAUCAACUCGAAAACCAGCUACGCGAGCGAAAUGUCAACUUUGAGCGUUACUGUCCAGUCCGAAGGGCUAUUUUUAAAGAACUUUUCGAUGAAAUGAUCCGCCAAGAAGUUAUUGUAUGUCCUGAACGAGGGCUUUUUCUGUUAAAAAUAAGAAAUGAAUUUAAACUAUGGGAAUCAGCUUACAACGCAAUGUAUGAAAAUAGUGUUCUCUAUGGAAUUAAAAAGUCAGUUGAGGUCAAACAAGAUCUUGCUUCUAUUGAGAAAGCCGCAGCGGAUGAAACUUUACAGCAUAACAGGUUAAUGAAAGAGAUCAGGGCCAUGGAAGAUGCCGUUCAAAUGUCGGAGAAAAGGUACGAGGAGAUUGGCAGUCACCUCAGCACAAAGUACAAAGAAAAAAUAGAUUUUUAUGUAAAUCUCAACAAUUCAAUCAAGGCACAAAUUAACGCUAUAAUGCAGCCAAAAAGAUUUCUUAUACCUGUCACAAAGACUGACAAAAGACCUUCAGAGAUCAGCCCUAGUCAGAGCACUCCAGAGACUUCUCAAUUAAAGCUUGGCUUAAACUCAGCGCAUUCACAUAAGAAAGAUUCUGACGAAUAAACUUUAAAAAUUCUAGUAAAAAAGUUUGGAAAUUCAGAUGUUUUUACUGUGAUUUAUUUAAUAAAAACAAAUAAAACA